CAGAUACUAAAGGAGGCGUUUUUAUCUGUCACAAUUUAACAGUCACAUAUAUAUUUAAUUAUGAUCCGAUUCAUAUUAAUACAAAAUCGAGCCGGUAAGACACGUCUUGCUAAAUGGUAUAUGAAUUUUGAUGAUGACGAAAAACAAAAAUUGAUUGAAGAAGUUCAUGCAGUUGUAACUGUUCGUGAUGCUAAACAUACAAAUUUUGUCGAGUUUCGUAACUUUAAAAUAGUUUAUCGUCGUUAUGCUGGUUUAUAUUUUUGUAUAUGCGUCGAUGUAAACGACAAUAAUUUAUGCUAUUUGGAAGCAAUACAUAAUUUUGUGGAAGUAUUAAAUGAAUAUUUUCAUAAUGUUUGUGAAUUAGAUCUGGUAUUUAAUUUUUACAAAGUACUGUUUGGCAAAAAACAAAUGCGUAUAUUAAUGGUUGGAUUAGAUGCAGCCGGAAAAACUACCAUACUAUACAAAUUAAAACUCGGGGAGAUUGUAACAACAAUUCCAACUAUUGGCUUUAAUGUUGAAACUGUUGAAUACAAAAAUAUAUGUUUUACAGUAUGGGACGUUGGUGGUCAAGAUAAAAUUCGACCAUUAUGGCGACAUUAUUUUCAAAAUACAGACGGUUUAAUCUUUGUAGUUGAUUCAAAUGAUAGAGAACGAAUAGAAGAAGCAUCUAAAGAAUUACAGAAUAUGUUACAAGAAGAUGAAUUACGUAAUGCUGUGUUAUUAUUAUUCGCAAAUAAACAAGAUUUACCAAAUGCAAUGUCAGCUGCAGAAUUAACAGAUAAAUUGGAAUUAAAUCAAAUGCGUAAUCGACGUUGGUAUAUACAAUCAACAUGCGCAACACAAGGUCAUGGCUUAUACGAAGGUCUGGAUUGGUUAUCGAAUGAACUGUCUAAGAAAUAAAUUAUGUUUUUAGAUUUUAAAUUGUACUGAAAACUAAAAAAAAAUCUUUUACUUAUAAAUCAUAUUGAGCAAAUACACUAUGUUAAUAUUAAAAAAAAAAAAAGAUUCUUAUUACUUCUUAGUUAUGUUAUGUUAAAAUAUUUCUGUAUACAGAAGUUACGUGAAGGUUCACAUCAAUACAAAUUUUUUUA